UUGAUAUUUUCAUUGGUCUAUAUUCUCAAUCCGCCCCUGAUUGGCUGAGCGCAGCCGGCCGCGCUACGUCUACCGCCAUCUUCACCGCGGGCUAGAGGAACAGGGAGCGGAGUGAAAAUGGUGGCGUACUGGAGACAGGCGGGACUCAGUUACAUUCGUUAUUCUCGUAUUUGUGCCCAAGCAGUGCGGGCUGCUCUGAAACCCCAGUACCAAGCAGAGGCUAAGAAAGUAGGAGAUAUAAAUGUAAAAGUCAACAAGCCAAAAGAGUAAUGUGAUCUGAAGACCUGAAAGUUUGAAGAUGUAAACUCUUACAAGUUAUCGUCCUUGUUGUUGGAACGCUGAAUGCAAUUGAACACUGCAAUACUGACUAAUGUUGAUUCAAAAUACAGAUAUUAUUUAAACUCUCA